AUGACAAACAGAGAUGUGGAAGAGCUUGUGCCCUUUAAAAAACGACAUUUUUUUCGUCUUGAGAUAGAAGACCAACACAUCGUCGCUGUGGAGCCGCAACAUCAACAACAAGUAGAAGAGCUGCCCGAAAAGUAUAAGAACAAGAUAAUAGAGAUGAAAGGCACAGAAGAGACAUUAAUAACCAGAAGGACGUUGACGAAGACCGAUGUUGAUAAAGGUCAGUCGCAUUUAUCUAUUCCCAUGAGUAGCUUGUUGACUCACGAUUUUCUGACGUCUGAUGAGAAGGAAGAGACACAAAACCGAAUAAAAGGGGACCGAGAAGGAGGUUUAUCCGAGCAAGUGAUUGAUCCGAGGUUAAAAGUAUUGGAGCUGAAGCUGAGAAGAACUGAUAUGAAGAAGAAGAAGAAGACGAAGAAGGGGAGGACAGGAAAGACGAGUUCGUUGUAUUGCCUGGCUUAUCAGUGGAACGAUGUGAUCAAAGAGAAUACUCUUAGACAAGGUGAUAUGUUGCACCUUUGGUCCUUUAGGUCUCAGCAAAGGCUAUGCCUUGCGCUUGUCUUGCUUCGAAGAGAAGAAAGGUUAUUGGGAAAUUAG